AUGGAGCUCUUUGCAUACUCUGAGUCUCAUGUACUUCUGUAUGUCCACGCUGUUAUUAUUAGGAUAGUGAAGCCCAAAGUGGCCUCCAUGGAGGAUAUGGCCACCUUCCACACUGAUGCCUAUCUGCAACAUCUCCAAAAGGUCAGCCAAGAAGGUGAUGAGGACCAUCCGGACUCUAUAGAAUACGGACUAGGUUAUGACUGCCCAGCCACAGAAGGAAUAUUUGACUAUGCGGCUGCUGUGGGAGGAGCUACAAUCACUGCUGCCCAGUGCCUGAUUGACGGGAAGUGUAAAAUAGCGAUUAACUGGUCUGGAGGGUGGCAUCACGCAAAGAAAUAUCCCAACAGUCUCUGCUCUGAAGAUGAAACCCUGACGUCAUUUAGGAGAUAGGCUGAAAUUAAGGACUGGGUAGAUCCAAUAUUUCCAUCCUGAAAAUCCAGAGCUCCAGUUCCAGAGCUGUCUGCCAGAAGCCCUUUAGAGUUGCGGAGUUCUGC